CAUAAAUUUGUUGAACUUGACAAAUUAAAAGAAGAAAUUGAAGAACAAAACAUUAAAAAAGCCAGACGGCUAAAAACACCUACAUUUCAAUUUCCAAAAGAUGCUACAAAACUGGACCUUACUGAAUUCGAAAGACAACAAACUUUGCUUUUAAAUAACGAAUACUAUAACAAUCUAUUUGAACAUACAACCAAACUAUACAACAAACACAUCGACGAAUUAAAAAACUACUUAAAUGGGAUAGAAAUUCAAAAAGAUGAAAUAAGUAUGUCAGAAGAUUUUCCCUACGAAGUAUCAAACUAUGCCAAUGCCUUUGCUACUGGAGCUGAUACAUUUAAGGAUCUCUAUGCUGAAGGCUUGCUAAAACACCAAGGACAUACCUAUAACCAAUAUCGACCUCACGAUCAAGGUCAACAACCAACAGGACAUCUUCUCGCGGCCGCUCUCAAUCACGAGGCAAUACAUCUCGCCGCAAUUCCACAACCCGUGGAAGAUCCAA